AUGAAAGAGGUUGUUAAAAAAGAUAUUAUUAAAUGGUUAGACGCCGACAUCAUAUACCCUAUCGCCGAUAGCACGUGGGUUAGCCCCGUGCAAUGCGUUCCUAAGAAGGGAAGAAUGACAGUAGUCCCGAAUGCAAACAACGAGUUAAUCCCCAUGAGGACCGUCACUGGCUGGCGGAUUUGUAUGGACUACCGGAAGCUCAAUGCAGUGAUAAAGAAUGAUCNGUUAAUCCCCAUGAGGACCGUCACUGGCUGGCGGAUUUGUAUGGACUACCGGAAGCUCAAUGCAGUGAUAAAGAAUGAUCAUUUCCCUUUGCCUUUCAUGGAUCAAAUGCUCAACCGACUAGCAGGGAAUGACUAUUUCUGUUUUCUUGAUGGGUGUGUGGGCUAUAACCAGAUUAUGAUCGCACCAGAAGACCAAGGAAAGACCACAUUCACCUAUCCAUAUGGAACAUUCGCUUUUCGCCGCAUGCUGUUUGGAUUAUGGUUCUUCAGACGAUUUGUGAAGGACUUCUCCAAAAUAGCUCGACCUUUGAAUGCGCUGCUGGAAGCUGACAGAACUUUUGACUUUGACUCACAAUGCCUCGCCACAUUCAAAGCACUGAAAGACGCAUUGAUUACAGCACCUAUUUUAAUCGAACCCGACUGGAAUAAGCCAUUCGAGCUAAUGUGCGAUGCUAGUGGAUAUACGAUGGGGUAG